AUGGCUUCGCUUCCAUCUUACCAAGAUGCUGUAUCCACGGACUGGCUCUGUCUAGUGGCCCCGUACAUCCUCCCCCACGACUAUCCAAGCUUGUGUCGUGUUGAUAGUCGCUUCUGGGAGGUAUUUGCCCCACGUCUGUGGGCUCGUUUACCGGGUUCCACCAGAGCUUCCGGCUGUGAUUUGGAAUGGCUGUUUGGCUCGAUAUUGAAACAGCUGAGUUGGACAAGACCCGAAACGAGAAGCCUCGUUCGAGUUCUUGAUGUUCGCUACGUCAGGAGCACGUAUUCACUUGGUAUGACCAACACUUUCAAUACCAAGUUGAAAAAUGCUAUACAGUACUUGCCCAACUUAAGCUAUGUACUUGUCGACGGUCAUGAUGAUCUUGACCCUUCCGAAUUCCUCUCCCAGGCCGGUCAUCGCGUUCUCUUACUCAGUAUGGCUGAUUGUUCCGUAUCGUUAACCCAAAGGUUUGCUGCCUCUCUCAGAGGGGUGGUAUAUCUCGACCUCUCUCGGGCUAUAGGCUCACUCCGUCCCCUACUUCAACGCGGUGAACUUUCCGAGUUACGUGUGCUUAAACUUCAAAGCAAGGAGGUUGAUGAUACCACGGCUGAAAUCCUAACCACUCAUUUUGGAACUCGGCUAUGGAGCUUAGACAUGAGCAACAACAAACUAACAGACGAGUCCCUUGAGAUUUUACGUACCCAUUGCUUGUGCCCUGUUGAUCUACGGUCGGAUGCCAACUUUGAUGUUGAGGGUAAGCUGGAAUUCGGAAACGCUUCCCCUGGACUCGGAACAUGGGUUCGCGUAGUUGAGUCUGAAUGGAGUGGUUCCUUCAGUCAUCCAAACCGACAUCUUGUCGACGCGCCGUUGUAUGAUCUCCAUGAUACAUUGCCCCAAGAGUUUGUGCAUAAACGACUAGACGGCAAGUUCCGCGUCAAGUCAGAUGCAGCGGAAGCAGUUUGCCGGGGCCUCCAAGGCGAGGACCCCUUUUCCCCGCCGGCCAGCUUCCAAUCUUCACAGGGGCUGACACAUCUGAAUGUAUCUGACAACCAGAUAUCAUCCCUUGGAAUUAGCGACUUACUGACGCUCGGUCGGGGACAUCUGCAGGAGUUCAGCUGUAACUCUAUGCAACUGGUUCCACCAUCCAGGGCGUCCAUGACUGUGUGGCCCAGGACGGCCACACUACAUGGAUUCUAUGCUGUGCAUACUCUAAGACCAGUCCUUUCGUCCAACCUGCGGGUGUUAAAGCUGCACCAUUCAGUUGUUACUCAGAUUCCCACAUUGGAGAUAGAUGGGUUCUCAACUACGGCCCGCCUCUACAUCGCUGAGAACCUAAUACUGCCGCGGGCUAAGGAGGCUUUCCCCGAAGCUUUCGUGCCUGAUAUGAAUCCACGCAUCAUAUCACUGACCCUCACAUGCCUCCCUCGCCGCUCAAGCGGCCCACUGAUCCGCAAAUUAAUAUCAUUCUUGCAACUUCUCGCGGUUCAGGAGCGUGCAAUAUUUGAUAUGUCAUCUCGAAGAGGUCCUAACGUCUUGGCUGGUCUCCGAAAUUUCCGGCUUGAGUUCGAGCCAGACCCCUAUCAGGAAGAUGAUCCUAUUGUGGGGGACAUAGAUGCAGAGGAGCUGUUGAACUCUGGUGAUACAAGGUUUAGCUUCUUUGACAACAGAGCAGGGGGGUCACAGCAACAGACUGUUAAAGGACUAGCUGAAUCUAUUCAGAAGCCAGGUUCAGAAGCUUCUGCCCCUUCCCAGAUGGAGACGGACCUGCAUGAUCACGAAUACUUGGAAAUGGAGAUCUGGUUGGAUGGUAAACCCACCACCACCCAAGUAUGGAUUGGUCUGAAGGACAGCAGCAACUCCCUGCUUCAGAACUACCGGACUAUAGCGCUACACCACAAAGUGCGUGAUCAUAUUGGACCGGCCUCCCCUGCUCAGAUACGCGCGGGCGUCCCCUCGUCGGCAUUAGUCUUCCACACAGCGUGGUAUAUGACAAUCAUGCCACCUAAAAUCCAAGGCCCUUCGCGGGCUGAGCUCCAUGGCAUGGCCAUGAAGGACGUGCUCACCGAGCUAAAACAAUUUCGUUUGGAGGGGAGAGCAAAAUAUCUUAGCUUGCAGAUGGAGUUUGGCGGCAGAAUAGUGCCACCUGGUCCACCCCAUGGCUUCUGGUGUGGGAAGCUCCAAGUUUCAACCCGGCGGACGGAGCCGUAG